ACAAUCUAAACGGGGAGGACUCAGUAGCAGCCUGCACUGUUUCUCUUUCUCUCUUCUACAGGUGUUUGAAGACCUACGCUAGACAUUCCAUGUCUAAGAUUUAAUAACACAUUAUAAUAUCAUUACAGACAUACAUUCAUCAUAAGAACCACGGCCCCAGCUAGAUCUAUUGGAACAGACACAGCGUGAGAAUUUGUUAAGUGGCUUUCAAGAACAGGCAGGAUGAGUUUUGACAAAGUCCUGAACCGGAUCGGUGGGUUUGGACGCUUCCAGAAAACACUUUAUGUGUGGAUCUGUCUCCCUCAAAUCUUCCUGGCAUUCCACAUGUUGGUGACUGUCUUCACUGGGGCUGUGCCCCCACAUCUGUGCAAAUCUUCCCAGCUACUGGGUGAUAGCGGUGGCUCAUGGGUGGGCCUUAAUUUCAGUAAUGCUUCUGAGGAGAUCUGUCCCACCUUUCAGGAUGUGCAACUGUCCCAGCUUAAUCAUAGUGAUGUCAACAUACCGAUAAAUGAGCACUUAAUGACCUCAGGGAGUUGCAAGGGAGGGUGGGAGUUCAGCAAAGAAGUCUUCCUUAGUACUAUUGUCACAGAGUGGAAUCUUGUGUGUGAAAACGCCACAUUAAACAACAUAGGCUCUUCUAUUUAUAUGUCUGGACUGCUGGUUGGAGCUGUGCUGUUUGGUGCCCUUGCUGAUAAGUAUGGCCGCAGAAUAACCAUUUUGAUUGGUUUAGCGAUGCAGUUCACCUUUGGAGUGGGUGUAGCUUUCGCUCAAAAUUUCUACACCUACGUCUUGCUUCGCUUUGUGGUUGGCAUGACUGUGUCUGCAGUGAUCAUGAAUGCAUUUGUGUUGGGUACUGAGUGGACAGGCCCAAAACACCGCAUGCUAGCAGGCGUCAUUACAGAUUACUUUUUUGGUUUUGGAUACAUCCUGCUGGCAGGUGUGGCGUACUUGAUCCGAGACUGGCGUAAACUGCAGUUGGCCAUCUCUGCCCCUGGCUUGGUUUUCGUGUUCUAUAUCUGGGUUCUUCCUAAAUCUGCUCGUUGGUUGAUGGCCAAUCAGAAGCAUGAAGAAGCUUUGGAUCUGAUUCGUAAGGCAGCACUACUCAACGGCAAACCUCUGGAGGAAAAUGAAAUUGAACUUUACAAGAGUCUCAAAAACAUAGAAAAUCUGGAACCCCACCAAAAGUAUACAGCCAUUGAUCUGGUUCGAACACCCACAAUAAGAAAACAGUCUCUUAUUCUCUUCUACUUGUGGUUUGUGAAUGUCCUGGUGUAUUAUGGGCUGUCAUUCAAUAUCUCAGACUUUGGUAUGAACAUCUACCUGACGCAGAUGAUCUUUGGCUUGGUGGAGAUGCCAGCCCGUACUAUUACUCUCUUUACCAUAAACCGCUCUCGCAGGAUUUCACAGUUAGUUUUUAUGGCAAUAGGUGGCCUGGCCUGCCUUCUCACCAUAUUCAUACCAGAUGAUUUGUCAGUUGUUCGCACUGUACUUGCCAUGGUGGGCAAAUUUGGCAUCUCUGCCUCAUUUUCGAUUGUGUACAUCUACUCAGCAGAGAUCUUCCCAACUGUCAUCAGACAAAAUGGCAUAGGUAUGUGUUCAAUGUGCGCUCGGGUAGGUGGAGUGAUUGCGCCCAUCAUCUCCCUAUUGAGGAACAUCAGCCAUCAUGCCCCCAUGGUGGUGUUUGGCCUGUGCCCACUAAUAGGUGCUGCCCUUACCAUGUUUUUGCCUGAGACAGCUCAUAGGCCCCUGCCAGACUCUAUAGAUGAUGUGGAGGGCACUGGUGUCAGUACUACAGAAAGACAGCAUGAUUUUUAUGAAGGGCGCCCCAAACAGAAUCCCAACAUCAGCAUCUCAACAAGUCUACAUUAAACUGUCUUCAGACAAUAAUUUCUGAACAAAGGUCCGUUAUUUUUGUAUUUCUCUAGGGAGUAGUUGGAAAAUGGAAAGUAUGGAAAUGUUGCCAAAUCCAGAGCUAUACAGUUUUUUUUUUACACAAUUUGGAUUCAGUUUAUCACGUUUGUAUGGUAAUUUUGUAUAAAAUGUAUUGUCUUUUUUAAAUAAUAUUAC